CUCAGUGAGGCUUUCCUGUCACUGGAUACUACUACUCCCAGCCCGCCUCGGAGCCGCCCGAGCCACCCCUCCGGUCUUUAGUUUACGAGUGGCAAUUUGACUUGCUCUGCUGCAUGUCUGGAGGCACCGAGGAAAGCGUGGAGACGCCCCGGGGAUUCGGGAAUCGCAGCUUGGAAAGCCAGCCAGCCAAACAAAUAAACAAAACCCACCCACCCUAACAAAUAUGAGGCUGCUGGAGAGGGCGAGGAAAGAAUGGUUCAUGGUCGGCAUAGUGGUGGCGAUCGGCGCCGCUAAGCUGGAGCCGUCGGUCGGAGUGAACGGGGGACCACUGAAGCCAGAGAUAACUGUGUCCUACAUUGCUGUCGCUACGAUCUUCUUUAACAGUGGACUGUCGUUAAAAACAGAGGAGCUGACCAGUGCGCUGGUGCAUUUGAAGCUUCAUCUUUUCAUCCAGACCUUCACACUAGCCUUCUUCCCAGCAACAAUAUGGCUCUUUCUUCAGCUCCUGUCAGUCACGCCCAUCAAUGAAUGGCUUUUAAAAGGUUUGCAGACAGUAGGUUGCAUGCCUCCCCCUGUGUCUUCCGCUGUGAUUUUAACCAAGGCAGUUGGUGGAAAUGAGGCGGCUGCGAUAUUUAAUUCAGCAUUUGGGAGUUUUCUGGGCAUUGUUGUAACACCACUGCUACUGCUGCUUUUCCUUGGCUCGUCCUCUUCUGUGCCUUUUACAUCAAUUUUCUCUCAGCUUUUUAUGACGGUUGUGGUUCCUCUCAUUAUUGGACAGGAUGUUAAAGAGACAAACCUCUUUACGGAAAUAUAUUAAUUCACUGCGAUAGAAGGUGAACACUGAAGAACCCGAAACCACCUUGAAGAGAAAUAAAUUUUAAAACUCAGGCUUAACAUGAAGAAUUACCCAUCAUGUAUCCUCACUCCAAACUCAAUUUAUAAAUGUAAAGACAGAAAAGAAAGAAAAAGCAGAAAAAUUCAUUGACCAAAAAGAUUAAGAAAACCAAAAUGAUGAAUAUUGCCCACUUCAGAGUCAUCUUGGUCUAUCAGCAUUUUUCACUAAGAUAUGUCACUUUUACUGGGUUCCAGUGUGAAGUCAUGUUGCAGUUGAUAUGAAACAGAGCUUAUUGGAAAUGCAGUCAAGUUUAAUUUUCCCAUAGCCUUGCCAGCUUUUUAAUUUAAAAUAACAAAAAUUAAAGUAUUAAAGAUGAAACAAUAAAAUGAAAGCUUUCCUGUGGGAGACUCACACGUACCCCUUCCCUACUGGGAAAAGCAAAUAAGCUAAUGAGGAUUUGUUGCUUAAUUUUUAAUGCCCAAGUUUCUCUGAACACUGGGAACAAAUGAAUUUAGUAUAAGUUCUAAACAGAUAUACCUGGCCACCUCACCUGAAUGCCUCUUCCCACUGCAUCUCCAUUGUCUCUGUUCCUGAGGAUUCUCUCAUGGGACAGUCUCAGGAUAUGGUGAUCUCUCUAGCAAAGGUUUGGUUCCUGUAGGGUGUCUAAAACUGCCCAUAAGGCCCCAGUCUGGAGAACUUUUAGAUGACACAAAUUCUUUGGUUUUGCUUUGAGACAGGGUUUCUCUGUGUAACAGCCCUAGCUGUCCUGGAACUUGUUCUGUUGACCAGGCUGACCUCAAACUCCUCAAACAGAGAUCCACCUGCCUCUGCCUCCUGAGUGCUGGGGUUAAAGGCGUGCGCCACCACUGCCUGGCAGGCACAAAGUCGUAAGAAACGGAGUAUGACUAUGAACUGAGGGAUGGGUCUUCCUGGAACUCGUGGCCUCAUCUGUGAGGCCAUCAGCAAUUCCUUCCUCAGAUCACCUCUCUGACUACACAGUGCAAAAGCAGUAGCUCUGGGAAUGGCAUCUGAAGCAAGAUGGAAAGGCUCCUUGGAGCUGGAAAGAAAGAUGGAGAACAAGGCCAGAUGACACAAUGACUCUAGAAAUGCUCAAGGGCGAUCUGUUCCCCUCAGGGUUGUCCCUGCCCUGGGGGUUCAUUUAGUUCUGACUGUAGCUGUUUUCAUCAAGAUUAAGUAUGGGGCGUUGACCUGUGGACUUGUUUGGCCUAGGAUUCUGAAUUAGGACCCUUUGUUUCUUGCCAUAGUGAAAGCAACCUAUGCUACCACAAGACCAAGUGCCUUGUAAUGAAGUUUUGAGAAACUAUUAGGUUAACUAAAUCAAAUCACUGCUCAUAAUGUUGAUUGAUGAUUAAAGAUAUGCCUUGGCUCUAAGGUGGCUUUGGCUCUCGCGCUCUGCCCCAUUUAUUUUUAUUUGUUUAUUUUGUCAGGUGGGGGGAUGUGGUGGUGAGCGAGGUGGGCACAUUUACUUUGAGAGUUGGGAUCAUGCAUUCUAGUCUACUGCAGAGCGGGUAUGUUUUCAACUAUUCUAUAUUGAAGUCAGAGUAACUUGUCACAGAUGUCAUUUAUUUCCAUUUAUUUUUAAAGCAGUUGGACUAUUAAAAUUUGGAAGACCAUACUUAAUGUAUAGUAUGUUAUGAAAUGACUAAAUGACGUGCCCUAGUGUCAAGUUUGUACAAAAGCCAUCUCACCGGUGGCGCAUGAUACUGCACAGACUGCUCUGCAGAAUUCAUCUCCUAUACAAUAGUCAAUAACACUGGCAACAGACCUGUUCUUAUCUCUACACAGUAUAUUUUCAACACUAAGAAAAUAAAUGAACACCAAUAAAGAAAAAGUUUGAGGGUUCUCCUUCCCCAUCAGUACUUCAGUGAGCCAGUUAUUACUUUAAGAUCCACUUCUAAAGAAGUCCCAACCAUUGCUGAUCAGUCUAUAAUACUCUUUCCCCUUCAUUCCCACAACACACAAGCUUCAACGUUGUGUUCCUGUGCCUGUUACCAAGUGACCGGCCUUCUUUUAAGACUCUUACCUGUUUACAGUCAGCUUACUCAUUGCUUGAGCUGAGAGAAGCAGAUUCAGCAAUCAUUCACCAAAAGGUGCAGUCGAGAGAAUGCAGGGUCCUGUGUUAUCCUGAUCAGCCGCUGGUGGAAGCCUGAAGCCGUGCAUAGAACCGAACCCACUGUAGACUUUAUUCUGCACACGUAAAUGCAGACACACAGACAUAUGAUGAAGUUUAAUUUACAAGUUAGGCCUAGUAAAAGAUUAACUACAACCACUAUAAAUUUAAUUGUAAUAACAAACUACAAUAAAAAUGUAUUCACAGUUUGUGAGUUUCUUAGUUCUUGAGUUUUUACUUGCCAUAUUCAGGGUGAACUUGCCCACAGGUGCUCAAAACUGCAGGAAACACAAGCGUGGCUUGGAGAGAUGACUGUCCUGUUUUGUUUCCAAUACUCAUAAUAAGGCUGUGCUCCGUUGCAAACUUAGCCUUCUUGUUGACAGUGGUUCCCUCACCUCAUAACUGCUAGUGCAUCUCUGGUAACUCAAUCUGUUGUGAAAUUUCACAUUCAUUUAUUCAGGAAAAGGAAUGAAUCAAAACUUAAAAUUCCUCCACUCUCAUCUGGAUGGUGGAAUUUGCACCACUUCCUUUAAAGGUGAAAAGACACUUGAAGCUGAGUGGCCCACUUUCCUGCAUGCCCAAGCCAACAGAACCACCAGUGUUUAGACUGUCCUGAUCUUAAAUAUCUGAGUUUGUCUUAAAAUAAGAAGAUGCUGCAUUAUAACUUUUAUUUCACCAGUUCUUUUGUGGAAAAGUUAGGAUAGGUUUAUUCAUUUUUAAGUAUUAAUUUUAGAAUUCUAAAAGCGUACAAAUGGCAUUUGUCUUUGGAUUCACAGAAAACUCUAGAUAUUCAUAUGUGAAUUAUUUAAACUCCCACAACACAUGCACUUUUGCUUUUCAAGCAUGAGUUAUAAUUUAAUUAAAAACUUCUGGUGCAUUGCUAGUGUUUUAAAUAUUAAUACGUUUCAUGGAUCACUUUCGAUUAUCUACUGUCUUGAAAUUCUUGAAGAUGUCAGAUUUUUAAGAUUCCCAAAGUCGCACUUGGAAUUGUCUGUUGAGGCAAAGGGGACUGUGAUAAUUACACACAUCCAUUAAGAUUAGCAGAGGAGAUAAACUUGGGGGAGGCUUAAUGGGCCUGUCUCAGUGACAGCUAGCAAAGAGCAUUUGGCAUGAUUAAGGAUGGGUUUGAAUGGAGUUGAAAAUCCACUCUCAUUAUGGACACCCAGUGGAAGUUGCACCACAAAAACCAAAUUCCCCAGAAGAAGAGUGGCAAGGCGGAGAAGCUUUGAAGCCCACUGUGGCCGCCAUGCAGAUCAUUCUCUUCCCAUUCUGUCUGCGCUGUCAGAAUCACUUUGUGAU